GUGUGCGCCUUCUUCAACGUCAUCGCUGUGCGCGGCUGUUGGUGGCCGCGGGAGGUUGGGAGCGUGGGUCCGUUCGGGGCUCCGGGUCCUGCAGCGCCGCGUUCGCCGUUCCGGGCGGGGCUCGGUCUGCUCACGCUUCUCUCCUCGCCCGUCUCUGCACCAUGAGCCAGUUCAACUUCGGUUCGACUCCGGCGGGAGGCGGCUUCUCCUUCAACACGCCGAAAACGACCGCCAGCACCACCGCGGCCACCGGCUUCUCCUUCACGCCCGCCCCCUCCUCGGGAUUCACGUUCGGCAGCGCUGCGCCGACGCCCGCCAGCAGCCAGCCCGUCACGCCCUUCUCCUUCAGCACGCCGGCCAGCAGCGCGCUGCCCCCCGCCUUCAGCUUCGGGACGCCCGCAACAGCCGCCACCGCCGCCCCGGCUGCCAGCGUGUUCCCGUUAGGGGGAAAUGCACCAAAACUCAACUUUGGAGGCACGAGCACAACUCAAGCUACUGGAAUCACAGGAGGCUUUGGGUUUGGUACCUCUGCACCCACCAGCGUGCCCUCAAGUCAAGCAGCAGCUCCUUCUGGCUUCAUGUUUGGAUCUGCCACCACCACCACCACCACUGCAGCUCAGCCUGGCACAACUGGAGGGUUCACAUUUUCCAGUGGCACCACAACUCAGGCAGGAACAACCGGCUUCAACAUUGGUACCACAAGCGCUGCAGCUCCUCAGGCAGCACCCACGGGGUUGACCUUUGGAGCAGCACCAGCUGCUGCUGCUGCCACCACCACUGCCAGCUUAGGGAGCACGGCCCAGCCUGCAGCAGCUCCCUUCAGCCUCGGGGGACAGUCCUCUGGUCUGAACUUCGGGUCAUUGGUUUCAACAGCAGCCACUGGUGCACCCACAGCAACACUGACUGCAAGCACCAGCCAGGGACCCACUCUGUCCUUUGGAAGCAAGCUGGGAGUAACAACUACAGCAUCUACAACAACAGCUGCCAGCACAGCUCCCCUCCUUGGUUCCACAGGCCCUGUGCUGUUUGCAUCUAUAGCAAGUUCUUCAGCACCAGCCUCAUCCACCAGCACAGGCCUCUCACUUGGUGCCCCUUCUACUGGUACAGCUGGUCUUGGAACGUCUGGAUUUGGAUUAAAGCCUCCUGGAACAACAGCUGCAACAACCAGCACUGCCACCAGCACUUCUGCUUCUAGCUUUGCUUUGAACCUUAAACCAUUAACUACAACUGGUACUAUUGGAGCUGUGACUUCUACAGCUGCUAUAACCACAACAACAACCAGUGCACCUCCUGUGAUGACAUAUGCUCAGCUGGAGAGCCUGAUAAACAAGUGGAGCCUGGAGCUGGAAGAUCAGGAGAAGCAUUUCCUCCAUCAGGCUACACAAGUGAAUGCCUGGGAUCGGACGCUGAUAGAGAAUGGAGAGAAGAUUACUUCACUGCACAGAGAAGUAGAGAAAGUGAAGCUUGAUCAGAAGAGACUGGAUCAGGAGCUGGACUUCAUUUUGUCCCAGCAAAAGGAGCUUGAAGACUUGCUGACCCCUCUGGAGGAAUCUGUGAAGGAGCAGAGUGGGACCAUUUACUUGCAGCACGCGGAUGAAGAACGGGAGAGGACCUAUAAGCUGGCUGAGAACAUCGAUGCUCAGCUGAAGCGAAUGGCACAAGAUCUCAAGGACAUCAUUGAGCACCUGAACACAUCGGGACGCCCCGCAGACACCAGCGACCCGCUUCAGCAGAUCUGUAAGAUUUUGAAUGCACACAUGGACUCGUUGCAAUGGAUUGACCAGAACUCAGCUUUGCUUACGCUGACACGAACGGGCUUGCUGAACACACACUGAUGUUUCAUCCCCACGGUGGCCUCCCUGGCAGGAGAGCUGGGAUAACGCCUUGUUCUGAGCUGCUUUCUCCUUCUGAGAGAAGCAGGAAUGACUUUCUUUGUUACAGCAGAGUUCUGAGCUGUAGGAGGCAGCGAAAGCAGACUGUCAUUUUAUGCCACUUUUGCACGGUGGGUUUUUGCAAACUGACAAACUGAAAUGUGUUGCUUAAUAUGUUACUGGAAGGUUCUGGGUUUGGCACGCUGCAAAAUUAAAACUUCAGCUGGAAUAUCUCCAAACCACAGAGUGACAUAAUGCUGUAGCCCUGUUGAGUUACUUCUGAUAAGCUUUCAUGAAAUUAAAUUAAACAUUGCUCUGCUUGGUGCCAAGAGAAUAUUGCCAUGCCUCCUGCAUUUAAAGAUGAGAGUCAAUCUGUGGCUUAUUUGCAAAUCACUGAUUUGGAAAUGUAUAACAAGUUAUCUAUAAUGUGACUGAAAGUGAUCUGUAUCUCCUCCGUGUCAUUGCACUUUUUACUAUACUUGCAAUUAAAAGCUUGUUGUGGCUGUUAUCCUGCAGGAAAAUGCUCCCAACAGAUGGGCUAACCUGUAAGCUGCCUCAUUCCCAACUGCUGGAGUGUGAGGCGUGCAGGGAAACGCCUCCAGAAGGCGGCUGCUUUCAGUCAGCCUGCAGCUGCAGUGCAGGGAGGCUUCACUCUGCUCUCUGCUGCCGUGCCCAGGAACUGCACUGAGUGCCUGCAGGGCUCUGCUGUGCCACCUUCCCAUCCCUGAGUGCCACCUGUUCCUGGGACGCACAGUGCGACCUGUGAGGCCAUGGGGAGCUGGCAGUGCUCUGCCUUGAGCCUCCCUCUCUGAAUGGCAGAACAGGGGAGGUGUUGGUUCACAGGUUGAGCGGGGCAGGGAUGCAUGAGGGUGGGUGUGAGAGUGAGAGCUGUUCUCCAUC